AUGAAUGAUCUGUUAUCCCCAAUUUUGUUUGUAAUUGAGGAUGAAUCUGAAUCAUUUUGGUGUUUUGCAACAUUGAUGGAAUGCCUUGUGCCCAAUUUUAACCGUGACCAAAAUGGCAUGCACUCUCAGCUUUUUGCGUUAUCUAAGCUGGUGGAGUUGUUAGAUGCCCCAUCGCAUAACUACUUAAAGCAAAAGGACUGCGUGAAUGAUUUCAUCUGUUUCCGCUGGAUUCUGUUACAGUACAAAAGGGAACUCGAAUUUGAGAAGACGAUGUUAUUGUGGGAAGUAUUAUGGACGCGUCAUUCGUCUGAGCACCUUCAUCUGGUCGUAUGCGUUGCUAUAUUGAAGCGUUAUCGAGGGAAGAUAAUGGAAGAGCAUAUGGAAUUCGACACCCUCCUAAAAUUCAUCAAUGAGCUGAGUGGUCAGAUCGACAUUGAUUCAAUCCUCAGGGAUGCAGAGGCUUUAUAUUUAUGUGCCGGCGAGAAUGGCGUUUCUUGCAUCCUACCUGGAACUCCACCUUCUUUGCCUCUUGGCAAUGAUAUUUUACUCGACCCCGAGCUAGAGGAUAAAGUAUUAUGA